UAUGCUAUUAUGCUACUACUACCUAGUACGCAUAGUAUGCUGCUAUUUCUAUUAUUUCCACGUAUAUCCCACGAGGGCUCUAGCGGGUCUUGGUCUCCAUUACAGAAGGCGAUCCCAAUUCCCAAUUUGUCAAGCCUUCCCAGACUAGCACGUCGGCAAAAUGGGACGGGAAUUUCGAGACCCCGACCCCUUCUGGUGGAGCAUGUCUUCGACAAAGGUAGCAUAGUAACGACCCUGGAUUUCAUAAACUGGCUCUCGCAGCUCUCGUAAGGCUGACCAAGGCCUCGGUAUAUGAUAACCAUGGUUAGUAGAUAUGAUCCUGAUCCCGCCCGUUACAUCAUUCUCCACCCGCACGAGCUCCAUAGCAUCCUGCCUACCUACCUGCCUGCCUGCAUACAGUCCCCGGCCUUACUCCUUGGAGUGAAGUCAUGGGCAGUUUCCUAUCUAAAAUACCGAUUCAACUAGGAUGUAUCCAUCCCGAAGCAAGAAUAUACCACCUCGGAUGCAGUGGCUUACCAUGCAGCCUAG